AUGGUGUCGCUAGAUGACGAUGGGCCCUACAGCUACAUUCCUUCAGAUGCCUUCGUCCUCGAUGACGUCGCAAGUACCUUAACACAAUUACCUAAUAAGAAAACUGUUAAAAAAGAUCUGAGCCGGUUCGACCGCGCGAUUGUUCCAAGAAUUGUAGAGAGACCGUUCUCACAUUUGACGAGCAGCGCGAAAGAAUACCUCAAUGGAUGCGAGGAGUUCCUUCAAAGAUCAGCUCCGGUACGAGAUCUGCCUAAUUAUAUCAACUUUCUCAGAAGUUUAUGUUUCCUUAAUUCACAACUCGGUUCAGCCAUAGGGUCGUCUAUGAAAGAGAACCACUUUGAAAAGCAACCAGAAAGAAAUAUUGACGGUAAUACUUUUACUUUGCACGAAAUUAGUAAGAAAUUGGGGAAUCUUGACGGCUACACUGGUAACUUGGAUGUCGAAGAGAAAAGCAAAUAUGUGAGUGACUUCGGAAUCAGAGGGAAUGAGGGAGUCUACGGUAAUUUGGGUGCUGGUAUUCAGGGAGAUCUAUUCGGAAAUAUAGGUAAAGUUGGCAACACUCGACAAGAUGAUUUGUUUCAUACGAAAGACGACUGGUCAAUUGAUUAUCCGAAAUCAAUACUGAAUUUACUGUUACAUGAUGCCUAUGUAGGGAAAUUUCCUAAACUGGAUAUGGGCAACCAUGAGGAGCAUGAUCAUUUGUCACAGAAUACUAAGUUUGCAGUCGGAGGAGAAGGUAUUGAAGGUGAUUAUGUAGAAGUCAAUGAAAGAAAAGGUGGCCUUGCGGGAAAAAGAGAACAUUUAGAAAAUGAUGAAAUUAACAACGUAUGGGAUGUUUUGGAGAAUGUAGAGAGUCCGAAUGAUCAGAUAAAGCAAAUGCACGCCCUCAGUAACGUGGCAGGUCUAAGAGACUUCAAUGAUGAUUGUGAUUUUGAAUUGUAUACUGGAAAAAGUGGAAAAUUGACCAUCAACGAAAACUUUGGUCACUCAUCUUCAGAUGUGGGGAAUCCGUGCGUGCAUGUAUAUGUGUCUCCGAGAUAUCAGAAUCCUUUGCAGUUGUUUGGACCGAUAAAUGGUCGCCGCGAGUGGACGGUGUUGGGUGGCAAUAAUGACAAAAGGUAA